GGGGCCUAAGAAAAUCAGGUGGUAAAGGCAAAAAGCAAGAAAAAGAAAAUGUAAGGAGUUCUCUGGACAGCAGGGGUUCCAGAGAAUUAUUGGAAGACCCUGACAACAAUUUGUCUGCCUCAGAUUCCGAUUCCCCUAUUCCUACUUGUAUGCCUUUCUCUUGGUUUGGAGACAGCCAUAAAGAACAUAGCUCUAGUAGCACCCUGAGUUUUUCUCAAGGUGGGCAGGAUAUUGCCAUUGAACUAAGUCAAGAGAAGACCAGAAACAAGAGUAGAAUUGUCAUAGAUGAUUCAUAUCAUAGCAAGCCAAGUUGUGAUCUGUCAGGGUUAGUGACAGAGCCUAAUCUUUCAGGGCGUUCACACACUUUAACCUUCUCUUCAGAUGAGACUGUAGAGGAUGAACCAUCAGCUACUGGAAAACAAAACCAGUGGCACAACAGGCCCAUUUCAGAAUGGACCACACAACAGGUCUGCCACUGGCUAAUGGGAAUGAACAUGGACCAAUAUAUCUCAGAAUUCACAACCAGGAAUGUGGAUGGGCAACAGUUAAUGCUGCUUGACAGUGAGAAGUUGAAGGCCUUGGGAGUCUCCAGUCAAAAUGACCGAUCAACAAUAAAGAAAAAAAUUAAAGAUAUUAAAAAAACACAAGAAAAAUUGGAGAAACAGAAAGAAAAGUUUCAGAAGAAAGAGAAGGAAGUGCGGAGAACUGGCAAAUUGGUGGCUACUGUUGAAUCAAGCUGCUAACAUGAUUUGAUGCCAUGCUACUUUCUUGUGGUAUAGCCAGAGCUGAAGCAGAGCUAUACCAACGUAAUGCUUCACUGUCUUUAUUUGAUAAGAAUUCAGCUUGAAAAAGUGUAACAACUGUAUAUUUCUGUAUAAUUAUGAAUGGAGGGAAGAAAACAAUAGUUUUACAGUAAUAGACUUGUUUUACCUCUGAUUUCUAUAGUCCUUUCCCAUUUAUACAGUUGCAUUAAAAUAUUUUCAAUUUUUAUAUUUAGAUUAUUAACUUGUACUAAUGGACAGUAAAUUAACUAUUUCACAAGAAAUAUGUAUAUAUGUGUCUGGCUAAUUCCCUGAAGUGUCAUUGGAAAUGGCGUAUACAAUUUAUUAAAAACAAGAUGUGAUACAGAUAACAUUAUGAAAGUGGUAUCUGGUGAACAGACGCUAUCAGGUCAUUAUGUUCUGUUGGAGAUAGUUUGUUGCCAAUAGUAUUGUAUAGAGAGAAAUUAAGUUUUUAAAAGUAAUAGAAAAUUAAUUUAAUCAAAUGUAAUGAAGUGUUUACAAUUCUGUAUUUUUCAGAGUUCAUUUUAAUUUCAAAGCAUUGUAAUAAUAUAAUUCAUUAAUAUUUUCUAAAAUAAGUUUUUCUAAAGUUUUGGGUAUGUUAAGCAUGACUUCAAAAGUUACCUUUUCUAUACUUUUGUAUACAAUGGUUUUUAUAAUUAAUGUGAUAAAUAAGAUCAGAAUGCAUAACGCUUUCCUACUUAAAAUGUUUGAGGACCAAAUUAUAUUUUUGAUAAUAUUUACAUGCUGUUGGUCUUCCAGAUUUAAGAUUGCCAGAUGGAAAUACUCCCUCUCCCCAUUUAAAUUAAACAUGAGGUUUCUGCAUUGUAUAUAAUUACACUGUAGACUUAAACAUAUCUUCCUUUUCAUGAGUAAUAUUUGUUCUCCAGAAUGGCGUAAAUCACAAUUGGAACCUGCCAUUGAGCAGCAGCACAAUCUUUUGUAGAAGAAUACACUAUCUUAGAAUGACACUUUUGAAAAAUUGAAUAAAUUUUAUUCAAAGGA